AUGGCUACCGUCUCGCAGUCCACCGCGUCCCUCAGUAGUAGUGGCAAGUCAAGCCAUCACAAUCGCCCGGAAGACGAAUCCAAGGGCGCUGGUAGCAUGGCAGAACCAAACGAUGUCGAAAAGCUCUCUCCCUCUCCGCCGCCUACGGGGCCACCGCAGCCAAAUGAGAAAGAUCUAUACAAGCCAAAGAGCCCAAGGUUCUGGUUGACUCUGUUGUGCAACUUUAUGGCGCUGUUUCUCGUUGCUCUCGACAGGACAAUUAUCGCGACCGCCGUUCCGCGCAUAUCCGACGAGUUCAACGCUUUGGGGGAUAUCGGAUGGUAUGGUUCCGCUUACAUGUUAACCACAUCGUGUGCUCAACUUGUCUAUGGGCGCAUCUACAAGUUUUAUGAUAUGAAAUGGGUCUUUCUGGUCAGCGUUGUCGUCUUCGAGAUUGGCUCCGCCAUCUGCGGCGCGGCACCAAGCUCCACCGUAUUCAUCGUUGGUCGUGCCAUUGCUGGCAUGGCUUCUGCCGGUAUCUUCUCCGGCUGCAUGUUGAUCAUGAUCCCUAUGGUCCCCUUGCACCGCAGGCCUGCCUUUCAAGGUCUCUUCGGCAUGGUGUUUGGUAUUGCAUCGGUUAUGGGCCCCUUGAUCGGCGGAGGCUUCACGAGCGGUGCCACUUGGCGUUGGUGUUUCUACAUCAACUUGCCCAUCGGUGCUGUCAGCUUCAUCUUUAUGGUCUUCUUCUGGAACCCACCGAAAGAGAAGCGCCCACCUGCUAGUCCUGGAGUACAUAUUAAACGGCUGGACCCCAUCGGCAUGAUCUUCUUCCUUCCUGGAACCGUGUGUCUGUUGCUUGCUUUACAGUGGGCUGGUUCGACCUAUGCGUGGAAUUCGUGGCGUAUCAUUCUCCUCUUCGCGCUCUUUGGGGCAUGUACCGCGGCUUUUAUUGUUGUCCAGAUCUUGAAACCCAAGACGGCUAUGGUGCCGCCAAAGGUCAUCACACAGAGAAGCGUGGCUUUUGGUACCGCCUUUACCUUCUUCCUGGCAGGGUCUAUGCUUAUGAUGGUGUAUUACGUACCGAUAUGGUUCCAAACCGUUAAGCAGGUCGAUCCCAUCAAGUCGGGUAUCUAUACACUCCCGCUCGUUCUCAGCCUGGUCGUUUCGAGUAUUAUUGCCGGUAUCAUCACCCAGAAAAUCGGAUACUAUGUACCAUCUAUGCUCGUCGCUCCCUCACUCAUGUCGGUAGGCGAGGGUCUCAUGAGCACACUGAAUCCAGGCAGUCCGUCUUCGCACUGGGCCGCCUUCCAGUUCCUGACAGGGUUCGGUCUCGGCUUUGGAAUGCAGACUUCAGGUUUGGCCAUCCAAACGGUUUUGCCGAAAGAAGAUGUCAGCACAGGCAUUGCCAUUAACUUCUUUGUCCAACAACUGGGCGGCGCCGUUUUCACAUCAGUUGGCCAGACUAUCCUGAGCAACCUCCUGGUCAAGAAACUGUCCGGGAUUCCUGGUAUCGGCGGCCAUGUCAUCGUUAACGAAGGCGCCACGCAGCUCACCAACGAAGUACCACCUGAAUACAAAGAUCGCGUAAUCGGCGCAUACAACUAUGCUUGCCAGCGCAUCUUCCUAGCGGCCAUGGGUCUUGCAUUCGCCUCGCUCCUCUGCGCAUUCGGAAUGGAAUGGAAGAGUAUCAAGAAGGGAAGACAAGGGCCACCACCCUCGCAACCUCCUGAAAAUGGAUCUCAAGGACCCAACGAAGCUCUCCUACGUCCCUCGUCAUCUUUCCCUCCAAAAGACCCAUCAGAAGGACCAACAACGAAUGGAUUAAUCAUGGCCAAGAAGGAAGCCCCAGCCGAAGGCCUCCCACGACAACACCUCAGAAGCCGAAAUUCGAGGAGAGAGUCGCUCGCAUCUGAGGGCAGGGCCUCGGGAGUAUUGACAAAGCCGCCGCCGGCGCAUAUGAUUCCUGGAUCUCCGGCCUCGGUCAAGGGCAGUCCUAGAUCCAGUGAUCAGAAGAUAGAGCAAGAUAGGGGGUCGAGUUAUCACUCGGCGCCAACGAAUAUGGGUAGUCAAGAAAUGAAGGAGCUUCCUAGUCCUGCUGCUUGA